GAUCCGGCCGAAAGUCCCGACAUCCAGUUGGAUCUCGAAAAGCUCAAUGCUGCAGCUGCGGAGGGCUAUUUCCUGGUUGAUGAAGAAGAUCAAGAAAAAGAGGGCGGCACCAGUGACACGCACGAGUUGAUUGGAGAUGUUGACCUCUUGACAGAUGCCCAGAAGAAAUCCUUUCACAUGUUGAAAGAGUCAAGCAAAUAUCCGCAAUACAAGGUGAAACGAGUCAGUCUCAGCUUCAGCGGGGCCUCGGUGUUUUUCAUGACUCCCAUCCGGGAGGGUGGAGUCCCAAUGCCUGCAUCGGUGCUCAAGUUUGAUUCCAAAGAGUGCGUGGAAGAUGAGAUGAAAAAGACCGAAGACUACAGACUGCUCUUUGGGUCAACGACUCCUCAGGUGAAGGACUUCUACUUGGUUGAAGGGGAAGAUCCGUCAUCAGUAAUGCAGAUUGACCUCUGCGGUGGCGUCUUCGGGCUUCCGGAGUUUGCCAAGGCGCCGCCCGUGCAUACUUUUGCUUCCAUUUUGGAAGCCGAGCUCGCAGAGGUUACUAUGACGGUGGACAUCAUUCCGAUUCUCAAUGAAGCGCUGGAAAGGCGCAUGUAUCACUUCACGAUGUCAGACCGAAAUAUCAAGUCACUAUCGCUUGCAGACUCCUACAAGAUCGUUCGCUUCGUCGGUCACGGAAUCCUCAACCGCGCCAAGGAGGGGGCCAAGCGUGCCGCGAAAUCUCCGGCAUUGGCAGCUGGAUUCCAGAAGCCUGUGGAGAUAGAUGACUUGGACCCAAAUGGGACAAUCAUUCAAGAGCUUUGCGGUCGGAAGCAGACGGUGCGAGACAUGUUCCAGCAUUUUUCGGGAAUGGAGUCCAAGCUUUCUGAGAAGUUCAAGAGGCAGGUGGUGGUUGGCCUGUGCCACAACGACCUCCACGGUGGAAACCUUCUCGUGGACUCGCAGGGUCUGGUUUGGCUGAUCGACUUCGCGACGGUAGAGUCUGGGAAGCACGUUCUGAUGGACUUGUCGAAGUUCCUCUCAGCGUGUACUUUCAUGUACCUGCAAGACUCUGUCAAUGAGAAGCAUAUCCAGUCCAUCGCGAAGAUCCUGUGCACGACCCCUGAUGCUACAACCGAUCUGCCAGUUUCGCUCUUGGAUGAAUUGAAGGAAGAUCCCGUCGCCAAGCUUUUUUUUCAAAUUCUUGUACGAAUUCGUCAUUGCAUGUGCCUCUUCGAAAGCGGUCCCGGCUCCCCAGACAACGAAGCUCAGGCUAAUCCAGUGGGCAUAGAUGAGGUACACGUGGAGCUUGCUAAGUUUUUUUUUGCUUUCUUUCCGGGGGGAACUCUUCAGAAUGUUACAUCGGAAGACACUGACAAGAUGUCAAGACGGCAUACCUUUCGCUAUCGCCCUCUUCGCGUGGUCAGCCCGUAUGCAGAGUUACAGCGAGUCAAGAAGUUGCGUUUGCUGUUGCCCCCAUGCCUUUGCAAGGGGAAGUUGUCGCGUCUUCGUUGGUUGAGCACGCCACUGGUCAUUCAUCAGCGCAAUGAUUAUGACUGCUUCGCUGGGAAAAUGGGAGGGGCAGAAGGGACGACGAUUGAGUACGUCCGUGGCUGGAGAAAGGCGAAAGUCUUGUGGGCGAAGGUCUCAAAGGUGUACAAGAAGUUCGCACCCGACAUGCUGACAUUGGAGCUGUUUUGCGGACGAAGUCUGGUCAUCGGGGAUGGCGGAACCGGCAAGACUGUUCUGACCAAGCAACUCCUCGCCGAGAACGUACUUUGGGCAAACUUCCAGGAGAAGGACCCGAAGAGCAAAGCCAAGCCGAAGAAAGUGAUGGUGCCAAUCCGGGUUCCCCUGGUCGACAUCUCGCGGCAGAUGGCUGAAGCUCCAGACAUGAUGCUGGAGGCGGAUGUUGUCCUGGAUCCCAUCGCCGUGUGGAUGUCGCGGAAGUAUGGUGCGGACUCGUCCUUGUCACAGCUCAUCGUGCAGGUGCGUCAGGCCAGUCAGGUCGACGAAGCACAGGAGGAUGAGGCGCCCAGUGUGGCAGAUGGGUCCGAAGACAUCCUUGGCCUAUUCAUCCUUCUCGACGGCUUGGACGAAGCAGCAACGAAACGUGGCAUGAUCCUGGAGUACUUGAAGUCGCUCCUGGAAACAGAGCCCUGCCACUUUCCCAUGCUGACCUCCCGACCAGGGGUCCUAGGAUUUGCAGAGCAGGAGCAGCUGGCCUUCCUCGGCUUCGUGGCUUGUUUCAUGGGCAGGCUCAGCCUGCAGAAUUGCCUGGGACUUGCUGAAUCCAUCCUCAAGCGAGCUCGCGAACCCGAGUCCAGGAUUCAGAAGCUGUUGGAGAUCAUUGGCAACCCUUCGUACGCGGGUCUGACGGGCAAUCCGAUGUGCCUCACUUUGCUCACGCAUGUCUUGCGCAAGUUCCAUGUGGAAGCCUUUCCAGUGACCCACCCUGACAAAGAAGACAGCGACGAUGCGAUUCUUAACAAGACAAGCAUGUACCAGCGAGCAUUGAAGUUGAUGUUGCACCAGGCUGACGCAGCGUUGCUUGGCUUUGAGAAGUUCGUGUCUCGAGACAGCGAGGAGGAUCUGAAGACCGUUAGGAAGGGUGCCAAGUCGCGGCAGUUCUUCCAGUCUCUCUCCUGGCAGGGUCAGACCCGACGAAAGCGCACCUUCACUUUCGAAGAAGCGCAGGCUUGCACCAACGACCAGGAGCUAUUCGAGGCCUUCAAAGCCAGCCUCAGUGGCGGGCGCUUGCCCGCAUUCACGGUUAGCGACGGGCCGAGCGGAGCCGAGAUUCAGCUGGCACACCUUUCCUUCCAGGAGCUGUUAGCCGCCGAGUAUGCUACCGCCAUCCUCCAACACUCCCACAAGGUGAAUCAUAUGGAGGCCUACUUCAACUUCCUUUCCUCUUCAUCACUGGCAGCUCACGGUAGGGAUCGGUUGGCAGAGCAGUGGUGGCUGGUGGUGUGGAUCAAUGUGGCGGAGAUGCUCAAUGAGGAAAGCUUUCAGUUGUGGUGCCGGCAGAUUGCCAACGACGAGCGUGCAAAGCUGAAAGUUGGAAGAAUCUCAUACAACCCUGGGCGCAGCGCACCCAAAGGAACAGAUCCAUACCAACCGAAAGAAGUUCCGUUCCCUCUGUAUUCUUGGAAGGUCUCAUGGAUGGACGCGAAAGCCAGACGCAUCAAGCUUCAGCAGAACCCCCGUAAGCUGGACAGCGUUUUAGACGAAGCGCAUGUGCUUCCUGACGUUCCGUUGGGGAUGUCAGAAGUGUUACCCAUUGAAGCAGCCCACUGGCCCUGUGAGGGUGUAGCAGCACUGGCCUGCUUUGCUGUAAACCAUUCGAACUGGCGGAUGCUGAAGGCCCUUCUUGAGUCAGGAAUACACCCUGGCAUUUGCAACGCGACCUGUCAGAGUGUUCACACGCGAUGCCUUGCCAAUCCUGACUGGACGGGCGUCCACAUUUUGGAGGAGAACAAGGUGGACAUCAACUACCUCAGGGCAGACUGCCUCCUGGAUCAGCAGGUUCGCGCAGCGAACCGCUUUGAGCACAAGGAGGCGGCUCAGGUGCAACCACCUUCUCCGGCAGCUCGGCAGAUGGAGGACAUCAAGGAAAGCCUGGCUGGUACGCUACAGGAGGCUUAUGCUGGGACCUUGCAGGUGGCUCCUGGAAUGGAUUGCGACAUGAUCCAUGCUAGCAGCGGCAUCUCGCUACUCAUGUGCGCUGCAGCCGGUGGUCGCUCUGACCUUGUUGCUGCUUUGCUACAGAGCAGGGCAAAUGUGAACUCUCGUUCCUCAGAGAAUUGCACUGCGCUUCAUUUCGCGCUUGACUGUGCUUGGGGGCAGGGGGCAAACACCUCCGUGCAACUUCUUCUGGAGGCUCGAGCAGAUCCAAACGCAAGGUGUGGUGUCACUCCUGCCAGUGACUGGAUUGUGACAGGGACAGGCAUCAUGUCUGCCUGCAUCCCAUGCAUGGCCUGUGACAACGUGAAGCUCGACCUCUUGCUGAAACAUGGUUAUGAUGCGACAGCAAAGAGCGAUUUCGGUCUCUCUUUGUUGCUAUGGGCAAGCCUUGCCAACUCUCACAAUGAGAACUGCGCAGGCAUGGUCCAGAGACUGAUGGAUCUGAAAUGUUCCUAUACCGACAACCUAGACCCCUGCCGGCAGCGGGCACCCAAGCAGGAAUGCUGGGGCCUUGGAGUCUAUGACAUGAAUUUUCAGACAAUAUCACCGGAUUUGUUGUCUUGGAUGGUGUUCAACUUCCAUGUGUCAGAGGUUGCCUGGCAAAAGCUACUGGAGUCCGUUGAUGUGAACAAGUCGCACAUCACGGCCCGGUUUCUGGGUUUCCUGACUUUCUAUUCUGCGCCCAUGAUGUUUGCUUCCUUCAAGACCCCGCUCAUUCUCAGAGGAGAUAUUACAUCCGUCAAGGAGUUGGUUGCUGCUGGGUUCGAUCCGAACCUGCCAUAUAUGACCUUUGACAAGAGCUGCGUCGCGCGUUUGGCUGUGAAGCUUAUAGGGAACGGAUGCGACUGCUACCCGAUGCACACUCCGCUUAUGCAAUACCAGCUACCAAUCCCAGCUUACCAUGCCAUUUGGAACAAGGCUUUGCCCGAUCUCCAUUCCGAUAGAAAGAAGUGGCCAAAAGUUAUCAGGGCGAUCGAACACAUUGUCCGCAAUCAGUACAAGAACAAGACCUGGAUUGAUGCCUGGGAUGACUGGCUGAUGUCACGUCGCGUGCAAGAAAGCCAUGCAUAG